AUGAUGGAGGUGGAUACCUUAACAGACUGUGAUAGGAAAUGCAGGAGACCAAAGGGAAUGGUGGGAGAUGUUAACAACGAGAGGAGGUAUAGGGAAAGGUGGAUCAAAGCAUUUGAAGAUUACCUUAGCCUAAGCAAAAAAAAUGGGUGGUACCUGAAGAAACUAAAAGAUCUUCAAGAAAAGAUGUGGACCAGCAGGAGCAGGAAAAUUAUCUACAAAAUCAGAAAGGUCAGCAAUUGCUUUGAGGUGUGCGUGGUAAAAAAUGAGUUGAUUAGCCUUAUUUUGGCUGGAAUAUUCUUUACAAGGAUUUUGAAUCAAGGAUGUGAAGUAUCAUGUAUUUCCUCCUCUUAAAAAACCUUUUGGCCAAUUUAAGCACUCCAUGUAACGCCGUGAAAACAAAACUCGGACAAAGUAGUAAAUUACCUUAUAAUAAACCUACAACAAUAACAUCUUUAUUUGCACUCUACAUUGAUUUACACUGUUAAAAACAUACUAUUAAAUAUAGAGAGAGUACUGGCUGCCCAUAAUAACCAUUGACGGCUAAAAAGAUAGGGCAAACUUACUUAGGUCAUUAAUAAAUGAUUUUAUAAACGGUCAGGUACACCAGGUACACACAGCUACACAAAACACGCACACAAAAAAACAGAAAAAAGCUAGUGAAUAAGUAAAGACAAAAAGGGAAGACAGCAAAAGAAAACUAAUAGCGUCAGUAUCAAGCAAUGGAAAGCCAGAAAAAAAUAUAUUGUUGAAUAAGAAUUGACUUUAGCAUAUUCUUAAAACGUUUGGGAGGAAGGAGCUUGAUGUAAUGUCUUAAAUAAAGAAAAAAGACUUUACUCGCAGUCAUUUCCGGUGCUACUCUUAAAGCACAAGAAAUUGUAAUUCAGCAAUGACAUCUUUUUACCAGCAAAAGCUCGUUAACAGAGUCCAGAAACUGCAUUGUGCCCCUGUAACUGAUAAAUGGUGGGAAAAUUUGAGAGACGAACUGUGGACCCAAUUUGCAAAUGACAAUCUUACUGUUUGCAGCGAUUUUUUUUUCACUUAGACCAUAAUAAUGCACCUUUUCCUUCGCCAAAAGCCUCGUCUGCUACAUAAUGGAGAUGAUGAGUGGCUAUGUUAUUGA